UAUCUCACGUGUGACCGUGGACCGAACUGGAUAACUCCUCUCUCUCUCUCUCUCUUUCUUCAAUGUUCUCCUCCUCUCGCCCAUCCCCAGGUUCCGGUCCCGAAGCAACCCUUGUCUCCAUGUCUCCAUGGGUCGAUUAUAUAAAUGGAAAAGAUUUGCUCAGACGAGAAAUUGUCAUCUGCCGCUUAUGAUGUACAAAGUGAAUUCUUAAGUGAAGCCUGUGGCAGUGUAUUUGUUGAAGUUAUGGAUUUUUCAUUGGUUCAGAUACUUACUUUGACGUCAUAUGUUAGUCGCAGUUUCAUUCGUUUUAUUGAGAAUCUUAUGUUCAGGGAUGCUGAAAAGCACUCACAAUAUUCAAAUGUUUCUUCAUCCCAAUGCUAUGGAAGGCAUUUUCAGACAAUCUAUCAGGCUGCUGUUGAUUGCCCAAUGCUUUCAAAGUCCUCAUAUACUAGAGCCAAGCUUCUUGAACAUGAGAGGGAGUUGCAGAGCCAAAAGGAGAACAUUUUUGUAAACAAAAUUUCUCAUAUAUUACCAAUAGAGACAACUUGCUUCUUCAUUAGACAAGGGGUUGCUCUCUCAUGUCAUUUCCUAAACCUGGGGAGGAGAUUAACGUCAGCUUGUUGGAGAACUUCAUGUGCUUAUUUCAAAUGUAUUUGUACACAAGUGCAAGGGUUCCUAAGUCGUGUGAGACGAACUCUACAAGGGUCUUCUCAUGAUAUUGGGUGGCUGCAGAGAACUGAAGGAUUGCCUCCAACAGAGGAUGGUACUAUCAGAUUCAUGGAGCUUCUUCAUGAUAUCAGAAAUGGUGAACAUUGUCUGCCUAACACUUUGAUUUAUUUAUUGAUUCCUGGCCUAUUUAGCAACCAUAGUCCUCUAUAUUUCGUUAAUACCAAGAAGUUCUUUUCAAAGAUGGGCCUUGCUUGCCAUAUUGCCAAGAUUCAUAGCGAGUCAUCAGUGGAGAAAAAUGCUUGGGAACUAAAGCAAUACAUUGAGGAGCUAUACUGGGGAUCCGGAAAGCGAGUAUUGCUUCUUGGCCAUAGCAAAGGUGGAGUUGAUGCAGCUGCGGCACUGUCUCUUUACUGGGCUGACCUGAAAGACAAGGUUGCUGGUCUAGCAUUAGUUCAGAGCCCGUAUGGCGGCAGUCCCAUUGCUUCAGAUAUUCUUCGCGAAGGCCAGGUUGCCGACAAGGAAGCCCGGCGAAUUAUGGAGCUCAUUAUAUGCAAACUGAUAAAGGGUGACAUGCGGGCACUUGAAGAUCUCACAUACGAAAAGCGAAAGGACUUCAUUGAGAAACACAGUCUUCCCGCGGAUCAGCUCCCUCUAAUUUCCUUCCACACUGAAGCAAGCACGGCCCCCAGUGUUCUAGCCACAAUGUCUCACAUAGCACAUGCCGAGCUCCCAUGGCUUCCACUCCCACAAUUCUGUUCUGAAGAUGAGAUUGAGUCCGGCCGCAGGGUGCCUGUCGUCAUCCCUAUAGCUGCCGCAAUGGCAGUCAGCGCAUUGCACCUAUGGCUGCGGUACGGUGAAGCUAGUGAUGGGCUUGUUACACGUUGUGAUGCUGAGGUCCCGGGAUCAGUUGUUGUGAAACCUGACCGGAAGCUGGAUCAUGCAUGGAUGGUUUGCUCCUCACUGAGAAAGGACCAGUCUGAAGCUGAUGCUAGUGAAAUGUGUGAGGCCCUGUUGACCAUGCUUGUGGAGAGAUGGAAGAUGAAACAAGCUUGAAUAUAUCUGGUUAAUUGUUUGAAAUAUUUCAUACAUUCCUGCUAGAGAUUAUGGGUUGAUGAUCAGCUUUGAAUGUGACAGUUGUUGUUAUUGUUGUUGUUGUUUAAGUGAUUUAAACCAUUUUCUCACAGCUCAGAUUUUCAAUA